CCUUUGCGUUUCCUUCAAUCACGGAAGAUUUCCCCCCUCUCCUUCCUCCCUCUUUCUCAACACAACCUAUAAAUCAGAGGCGAGUUAAUUUUGCUGUAAAAGAUUUUAACAUCUUGUAAAAGAGGAGGAACGCGAUACGUUUGGGCUGAAUUGCUACCCGCCUCAUUCUCGCUACAUCCCCCGGACACAUUUCAGCUCCAGUGAUUGUUACAGGCGGGAUACAAAACUGCAACAUUUCGGGGGCUCCGUUCGCCCUUUUCUGCUCUGACCGCUCUCUGGAUCACCUUUUUUUUGUGUAGGGAACUUAAGAAAAACUUCAGUUAUUCUCAUCAUCUCUUCACCUCCCCCCCCAACCAACCAACCAACCAACCAGGACUUUUGUUUGUAAAAAAAAAACACCCCCCUGCAAUAAUUACGGUUUUACUACCAGCGCUGAUUCUCUUAAAACAAAACCCAUUCAUUUAUAUAUAUAAAAAAUAAAUAUACAGAUGAAUCAGCCGAAGUGUUUGCCAUGGUGUGUAUUGGAAUUCGCCUGGUCUAGGAUUGCAGUAUGCUGAGCCGGGAUACAAAGAAACACUGCCCUACAUUCUCGCACACUCCCCUCUCUCCCUGUGAUCUCCACCAGCUGAAGGCUUUUUAAUUAUUUUCUAACCCAUCCCCUGCCUCCCUCCCUCCCUCCCUGCCUGGUUUGAAGGACCUUCGCUGAUUUGAGGGGAUUCGCUGCAGUUAGUGCUGUUGUCUAUCGUUCUGGUUUUGUCUUUCUAUAUAUAUAUAUAUAUAUAUAUAUAUAUAAAAAUCCCUCCAUGGUCAGUUUCCGUCUUGAUUUCAGUUCCUGCGGGGACUCGAUUCGCACUAACCCUCCUUAUGGACUGAUUGAGUGAAAGGCGGGGAGAGAAUAAAUUCGCCAGCAACAGGAUUAGCGUCUGAUCACUGCAUCUGCAAUUCUUUUUUUAGUGGAAGAAAAACAAUUUCUAGUCGAGCAGUCAUGACAUCGCCUGCUAAAUUCAAGAAGGACAAGGAGAUUAUUACCGAGUAUGACACACAAGUCAAGGAGAUCCGAGCCCAACUCCUGGAACAGCUGAAAUGUUUAGACCAGCAGUCUGAGGCCAGGGUGCAGCUCCUUCAGGACCUGCAGGACUUCUUCCGGAAAAAAUCCGAGAUCGAGAUGGACUACUCGAGGAACCUGGAGAAGCUGGCCGAGCGUUUCAUGGCCAAGACCAGGAGCACCAAAGACCACCUACAGUUCAAAAAGGACCAGAACAUCCUGUCUCCUGUGAACUGCUGGUAUUUGCUACUGAACCAGGUCAGGAGGGAGAGCAAGGACCACACCACGCUGAGUGAUAUCUAUCUGAACAACAUCAUCCCACGCUUCACUCAAGUCAGUGACGACUCUGUCCGCCUCUUCAAGAAGAGCAAGGAGGUUGGUGGGCAGCUGCACGAAGAUCUGAUGAAGGUUUUGAACGAGUUGUACACGGUUAUGAAGACCUAUCACAUGUACAAUGCUGACAGCAUUAGUGCAGAGGGCAAACUGAAGGAGGCAGAGAAACAGGAGGAGAAACAGAUUGGCCGCUCUGUGAAGCAGGAGGAUCGUCUGGUCGGACGCUCCCCAGAUCCAGCGGCAAACAUUCGAUUUGAGGAGAAGCACCAGAGACGUAGCUCAGUCCGCAAGAUCGAGAAAAUGAAAGAGAAGCGUCAGGCAAAAUACACAGAGAACAAACUCAAGGCAGUAAAGGCGAGGAACGAGUACAUUCUGGCACUGGAGGCCACCAAUAGCUCCGUCUUCAAGUACUACAUCCAUGACCUGUCUGACCUACUCGACUGCUGUGACCUCGGGUAUCAUGCUGGUAUGAACCGGGCAAUGAGGACAUUUCUAUCGGCAGAGGUCAACGUUGAGCAGUCUAAGCACGAAGGGCUGGAGAUCAUCGAAAAUGCUAUCGACAGUCUAGAUGCCAGCAAUGAUAAGCAGCGUCUUAUGGAGUUGUACCACACUGUGUUCUGUCUGCCACCAAAGUUCGACUUCCAGCCACACAUGGGGGACGGGGUCUCACAUCUGUGCGUCCAGCAGCCGAUGCAGGGAGAAUUGGUUUUACGAUGCCAGCAACUCCAGUCCAGACUGGCCACCCUGAAGAUCGAGAAUGAGGAGGUGAAGAAGACCAUGGAAGCCACGUUACAGACAAUCCAGGACAUGGUUACUGUCGAAGACUUUGAUGUGGCUGACUGCUUCCAGUACACGAACUCCACCGAGUCUGUCAAAUCCACCCUUUCAGAAACCUUCAUGAGUAAGCCCAGUAUCGCCAAGAGACGAGCCAAUCAACAGGAGACCGAGCAAUUCUACUUCACGAAACUGAAGGAGUAUUUUGAAGGCAGAAACUUGAUCACCAAACUGCAGGCGAAACAUGACCUUCUACAGAAGACUCUGGGAGAAAGCCAGAGGACAGAUUAUUCCCUUGCCAGUGGGCGGCGGAACUCCAGUGUGAGAAAACAGGAUGGGAAUCAGAUCAUUCCUCUCGUGGUGGAAAGCUGCAUCCGUUUCAUCAGCCGACACGGUCUGCAGCAUGAAGGAAUUUUCCGAGUGUCAGGAUCGCAAAUUGAAGUUAAUGAUAUCAAAAACGCCUUUGAGCGAGGUGAGGAUCCUUUAGCAGGGGAUCAAAAUGACCAUGAUAUGGACUCGAUAGCAGGAGUACUGAAACUGCACUUCAGAGGAUUGGCCAGCCCGCUCUUCCCCAAAGAGAUUUUCCACGACCUCAUUUCCUGCGUCACGAUUGAAAAUCUUGCCAACCGAGCUCAUCAAAUCCGCAAAGUUCUCCUGUGUUUGCCAAAACCCACCAUCAUCAUGAUGCGCUACCUAUUUGCAUUCCUCAGCCACUUGUCCCAGUUCAGUGAGGAAAACAUGAUGGACCCGUAUAACCUGGCCAUCUGCUUCGGGCCUACCCUGAUGUCUGUUCCAGAAGGCCAUGACCAAGUUUCCUGUCAGGCCCAUGUCAAUGAACUGGUCAAGUCCAUCAUCCUCCACCAUGACACUAUUUUCCCAGGACAAAAGGAGUUGGAUGGUCCUGUGUAUGACAGGGGGAUGACAGCAGAGGAUUACUGUGAUAGCCCUCAUGGGGACCCUGUCUCUGUCGAAGAUGUUGUGCAAGAUGUUGGGACGGAGCCUCACACCAGUGAAGAUGAAGGUGAGCCAAUAGAAGCCAUUGCAAAGUUUGAUUACACUGGACGCACAGCUCGGGAGCUCUCCUUUAAGAAGGGUGCAAGUCUGCUGCUCUAUCACAGAGCUUCAGAAGAUUGGUGGGAGGGUCGACAUAAUGGAAUAGAUGGACUUGUCCCACAUCAGUACAUUGUGGUUCAAGACACCGAUGAUACAUUCUCUGACAGACUGAGCCCAAAAGAUGACAUUGAGCCAAGCAGUGCACCUCCCCCGGUGGAACAGCCCCUGUCCAAGAGCAGCGUCAGUUCACCUACGGGACAUGUUGCUGACAUCUACUUAGCAAACUUGAACAGGCAGAAGAAGAAGUCCGAGUCCGGGAGCAUCCGGCGCUCGUUCCGAUCUGGUGAAGGACAUGGUGUCGCUGGGCAUGGGUUGCCAUCCUCGCCUGCAGACGGUGUACCACAGGCUUCAGCCAGUCCCAGGAGCUCUCCUCAAGUAACCCAAAACAGCGGCAAGGAGACUGUGGACAAGCGGCCGACGGUGGCCCAUGGCAGCCUGAACUCGGUUACCCGUCGGCCGUCAGCAAACCGGGCCGACAGUCCGCAGGUUCGUAAGGCGAUGGCAGCGGGAAGAUCCAAGAGCUUCAGUAACCAUAAGCCACUGGACCCGGAGUCUAUAGCACAGGAUAUCGAAGCAACAAUGAAUUCAGCCCUUAACGAGUUACGUGAACUGGAGCGUCAAAGCAUAGUGAAACCUGCCCCAGAUGUGGUCCUGGACACCCUGGAACCUAUGAAGACAUCUCCAUCAGUGGCUCCCACAUCUGAACCUUCCAGCCCCCUCCAUUCCCGCAUCCUGAAGGACUCGGAGUCCUCUCUCCAGAGGAGUGCCAGCUCAUCCGGGGACAUGCCAUGUACCUUCAGGCCAGUGAAGUCCGUGAAAAUAGCGGCCCAGGUGAAGCCUCCUGCACUGAGGCCCAAACCCGCGGUUUUUCCAAAGACCAAUCCAACCGCCCCCAGCCUCGGAUCCCCAACGACGCAGCAACCAACAGACAAGUCUUGCACCGUGUGAGACCCUCAGUGUGGGCACAGGGACGACUGAAUGAGUGCUAUUUGAUUGUUCAUGAACGGGGAAAGCAGACUGAAAUGGUGCCUUCCAUCAAUGUUGAGCUCGAGGAAUGAUCUUGCUUUGUAAUAGGAUUUUGGUCCAGCCAGAACGCCAAUCAGCCCUGACUUGUGAUGAACUCUAGAUCUUCCCUCCGUGUUACUCGAUGCAUUAAAAACCAGCAGAGCCCAGCCUGUUCGGGUGUAAUGUUUCCGUCUUCUCGGUGAAAGUGGGAACAAAUCUAAUGCAGGCUUCAUUCAGUCCUUGCAAACCAAAUAAACCUGUGCAUUGGUGUUUGCUCCAUCAGUCUUCCCAACUUUCCAAAUCCAUUGCUUCCCAGAUCUUUGCCCGCAAACCCACUGGAUUCGUCACUUUCUCUCUGUACCACCCGCGUUUGGUUAUUGAAGGAAGAACAAAACAGUAAUGGAAUCAUUUGUUGCCUUGAAAGCAAGAAUUGGAAUUUUAUUGUUUUUGUUAAAUCCUCAUGACUGUUAUGGUAACGCGGGUAUUUUGGGGCCUUUGCCUUGGCUCAGACAUUCACCAUAUCCAUCAACGUGGGAUAUGCGAAACCAUCAGUUAUUUUUUUUUUAAAAAUAGCUGUAGUCCAAGACUUGCUAUGUCUCAUUUUUUAAUUUUAUUUUUGAAAGCUGAGUACGUUUGUAGUACUAAACUUAAAACGAUGCUUACCCAUUCAUGUGCCAUGGAAGUCGAGGCCUUGUCAAAGGCUUCAGAGUUUAGCACAAAGGAAAAAAAAUUAAAAUUGCUGCAAUUAAUUUUUAAUUUUUUUAAUGGACUUUUAUUGUGAACAGUUCAGUGUAAAUGGUGAAUUAUAUUUUGAAAGAUUCAUGGUAUUGAAAACUGGAAAUGUUUUGUAGGGUUAGCUGAAAAAAAAUAAUAUUUUUAGGGAUAGAUUCCUAGCCAACCUCUGAUGCUGUACUGUGAAAGUUCCACAGCACAAUCAACAAACUGGCUUUUUAUUACUGAAUCUCUCAUUCAUUUAUUUGUGAUCUUAGAAAUGUUUAAAUUAAGUUUGAUUCUCAAUAAUUCCUUUCAUUUUUGUCGAUGAGAUGUUCCAACCUGCUUAAAAUGUAUGUGUGCUCGGUGUUUUGCUAAAGUCCAAGGGAGUGAGUGAUGUUAUCUCUUUAGUGUCUAAAUGUGAAGGAUCAUUUAAACUGUCGCAAUUACUGUGAGAUUCAGGCAUGACCCAGUGUUAGGCUGAUUUUAAACAGGUCAGGAACCUCUCCCCCACGCCUGGCUUGCGCUGAGUUGCCUGAUCUCGGGAGCUGUGAUUGUGCUCAAUGCUUCUGGGUUGGGGAAGAGAAAUAAGAGAAGCCUUAACCCACUCUUAUUCCCUAGUCAACAAGCAAUUCCCCCUCUCCCCCACCCACCAUGUUCCCACUGGAAAUGCAGCUUUGUUAUCGAGAGUGAGUGCUGGAUUGGGGCUGCCCCAUGGUAAGAAGGCAUCUGAACACUCACCGUCCAAGCACCACAUUUGAUUACAAUGGCAGAGGGCCUGUGGAAUUCCGCGCCCCAGAAACGGUCAGAGGCUCGAAUCGAUUUGCUGCCUGCACAGACAAACUGAGAUGAGACCAGCUGGGCCGAGUGCUUCUCCAUCCGGCUCCUUCCACACACCACGGCCUCCUCGCUCACUGAUAUCAGCAUCACACUGGCUCAAGAUAAACAUCUCCCUUCUGGCUAAAUGUUGAACUGGGAAUUCCCCCUUGUUCCAAGUUAAGGAACUGCCUGGAGCCCAAAACCAGCCUCUCCCCUGCCCUCCACAGAACACACAAUGUUUGUUUUGUGGGACUCGAGCUGUGCAGGUAAGUGUUUCAGCAACGUAUCCUCCCUGGUGUUUAAUGAGUGUGCUAAAGUAACCUGAAGAACUAUCUCCUCCCCCCUCAAAAUCGCCCAAUAAAAAAUUACCAUAAAUAAAGCAAUCGCAUUCCUUACCCAAUAGGAUUGUACAUUUUAGCGCUUGCUCUCGCAGUCCUGCUCACUGAUGGACCAAUAGCUGAGCUCCUAAAGUUGCAGCUUUAAUCAAGAAUAUCCGAGAUGUUUGUGGGGCCAGUAAUGACCAGCGGCCCCCUCCCCUGACCAAUGGACAGGCGGACCCCCUCCCCUCACCAGCG